AUGGAUACGUGCGUGGACCCCAACGUACCGCCGUGGAAGUUGGAGCUGAUCAACAGGAGACGGACGAGAAACAGUCAAUCAAAGUGCGGUGGCGGUGGCGGCGGCGGCAAUAACGAGCAACAACUACAGGUAAAACCAGUUCAAUGGACCUGGUCCCCCCCCACCACUCAACACUUUCUCCAGCAGCCGAACGUCGCCGCCGCCGCCCAGAUACCGAUGCCGCAGCCGCCGCAUCAGCAGCAGUCCACAGUCGUAGUCGGCACCGCCGUGUGUCCCACCAGCAUGAGGCUGUUCAAGUGCGAGGCCACCGCUAUCAUGACCAAUUUCAAGAAAAAUCCGCAGAUCAACCGCUGUCGAUCAAAAUUCAAAACCAAACCGCAGAUCAUCACCGAGAUCACCAAUGGCCUGGACUACCAUUCGGAUUCCAGCGAAGAGUUCAAGUACGGGCCGGGCAUCGUGAACAAACUCAAGUCCAAGUACAUGAGCAUGACGGUGCGCGAACAAAAACCCAGACCGUCGUUGCGCCGGUCCACCAGCAUGGACAACAUCGUUGACGACAAGCGGCUCAUCGACAAACCCAAACUCUACUCGCAGCCGGACGUUGUCAGUAUGGCAGCCACCGUCAAGAGUGAGACCAUGAAACGGGCCCGUUCCAUGGAGACUCUGUCCGAUCCGCAUUCGGGCAACACCAACGGCUACAUGGAUGAACAACAGCCGAAAACAACAAAUGGUGAUUUGCCGCCACCCGAUGUCGUCAAAACGUAUAAAAAAAUAUUUGAAACCAAAACACAGACCGAACUGAAGCCCAUCAAGAUAAAGCCUGCAAUACUGCCUAAGCCGAUGAUGAGCCCAGAAAAAUCACGUCCGGCUAGAAUGAACAAAGCGCCAUUGAAGAAAAUGUCCCCACCGAUUAAAUAUCCAAACAGAUUAAAAAAGAAGGAGUCGUUGGGUUUUGAUCGUUCCAAACCAUUGAUCAAUGAUGAGGUUAGUUCUAGCCAAGAUGAAUCAUCUAUGUCGUCUGACGAUGGUGGAUCACAACGACACAGGGUUACUAUUAAAGCUGCCAUUACUGCAACAGCUAUUGAUAAUAAACCAAUAUCAAUACAAACCAAGCAGAUAUGCGUUAUCAGACCAACAACCAGAACUACUUUACAGCCUGAAGAAACUACAAAUGCUCAAUUGUCUGAUAAAGAAAUAGAAAAAAAAUUUAUAAAUAAUAGUAAUAAUAGUACCAAUAAUAUCAAUAAUACCAAUAGUACCAAUAAUACCAACGGUGAAAAAAGAAUAAGUGGCCUAUGGGAUAAAAAACGUUGGGAUAAUCAUGAAAACAGUGUAGUUUUUAAUUUUGUCAACAGAAAAGGAGUCCCAAACUAUAUUGACAGUGAAGGUCCAGUGCAGAGAAGAGACAAUUCUUAUGGAGUUAAAGAUGGUUGUAUCAUGUUGGACGCUCAUUGUGAAGAAUCAAGUACUGAUGAUAUUGACAAUGUAAAUAAUGAUAAUUAUGUUACUUUUGUUGGUGACAAUAUUAUAAUUGGUCGUUCAAACCUUCGAAAAGAAAAUUCACCGACGAAAAAAGACCUCCGCAUAAAAUUCUCCGACGUACUCGAAACGACGCACGAAUAUCCGUCUGAAGCAUCGAUGUUAGUCGAAGAGGAGUCUACAAAAAACGACGAUUCUACAACCAUGUCGCCAAAAAGUAAAUUCGGCAAUUACAUUCCAAGUAAAUUGGGACCAAAUGAAGAAGCAUUCCUCGGUGAAUAUGGUGUGAGCAGAAGUAAUAUGAAACCCGUAAAACGCGCGGUUGAUAAAAACGAAGAAGACAUGUCAGUGAUGGACACAUAUGUGCCCUGGAGUGAAGAAACUACACCCGAUCUCUUGUUUUGA